AACCAAGUACUGAGUGCGUUGGUAUGUGAUAAAUUUAAAUUAAGUUUAAUUAACUCAUUAAUUCUACAAUAACUUAGGUUAACAAUACAUUAAAAAUAAUGCUUGUUUUUUAUCAUAAAAUUUGCAAUAAGUAAUGAGUUUUUAUCUAGUUGAUUAUAUUUAACAAUCGUACGUAGCUAGAAUUUAGAACAAACAUUCCGAAAUGUACUUAUUUACCACAGCAUUCUUAGUACUUACGACAAGUACAAUCCAAUACGUUAGCUCAGAUUGUGGAUGUAGUACAAACAGAAAUACUGAUUGCAAAAACGACUUAAAUCCCAGUCACAAAUACUUAAAAGAAUCAAACGAAAUCCGCGACAAUAAUGACGAAUUAUUCAGUGCAUCCAAUAUGGUGUUUCUGGAAAAAUCGACCUUCGAAAUGGGAACCAACAAGCCAGUGUUCGAGUCCGAUGAUGAGGGUCCACUGCGAAAUGUCACAUUAAAUUCAUUUUACAUAGAUAAAUACGAGGUAUCAAACAGGGAGUUUUAUGAUUUCGUCAAGGAAACAGGGUAUAGGACAGAAGCUGAAAUAUUCGGUGACAGUUUCCUCUUUGAAAUGUGCCUUCCGGAAGAAGAUAGAGACAAGUACCAAGACCUCAGGGCCGUACAGGCGCCUUGGUGGAUUAAAAUGAAAGGGGUGUCUUGGAAACAUCCAGAAGGGCCUAAUUCUACAAUAGAAGAUCUAAUGGAUCAUCCUGUAAUACACGUUUCUUGGAAUGACGCCGUAAAGUACUGCGAUUACAAAGGAAAGAGAUUACCAACCGAAGAGGAAUGGGAAAUGGCUUGCAGAGCUGGCCUCAGACAAAAGCUUUAUCCAUGGGGAAACAAGCUGACACCUAAAGGCCAGCAUUGGGCAAACAUUUGGCAAGGAGAAUUUCCCAAAUCGAACACCGCAGAAGACGGGUUCGUAUUCACGAGCCCCGUGGACGCGUUCCCGCCGAACAAGUUCGGUUUGUACAACAUGGCAGGAAACGUGUGGGAAUGGACGCAGGACAAUUGGAAAAAUGAUCCGGAUACGAAAGUUAAAAAAGGCGGAUCGUUCUUGUGCCACGAGUCGUACUGUUGGCGGUACCGUUGUGCUGCGAGAUCGUCCAAUACGAAGGACAGUUCCGCAUCUAAUUUAGGAUUUCGUUGUGCAGCAGACAAAAUAAGAAGUUAAGUUUUUUUUUCAAAUCGAAUCGAAAUAACAGAGUUUAUACAUGCGGAGCAUUAGACGUUCCAGUACAGUAAUUUUACAAAAUUAUCAAAUUCAAACACCUCAUUAGUUCCUAAUUUAAUAAUAAGUACUUAAUUAAGGGUCCUGGAUAAUCGCCGAUAAUGAUCCAUUGACCAAAAGGAAAUGGGUCCAAUAUUAUUGGAAUUCUCAUUAGCUACAUUCAGUUUGUUCGAUUUAUACGAAAGUACUUGUACUGAUUGGUUCAAUCUCCUUUUAGUCAAUAGUGUUAUCAAAUAUUUUGACCUAUAUCCUGCCAAAGAGUCUUCCAGUUUUAUAUAUACAUGUACAUUUUAUGGUAAUAUAAUUGUAAUUUAUUUGUAAUUGUUUGUUUGCAAACCCUAAACCAACAACUAAUUUGGAAUGUUACUAUAUAAAUAAUAUAUUUUCAAAGCAAUUCUCACUUAUCUAGUAAAUAAAUUCAUUGCACAGCCUUUUCCUGAUUAACACCCUCAAGAGUGUGCUCACAUUUUUCUUUAUAAAAUAUUUGAAUGUUUUAAAACUUAACGCAUUAAACAAAAAUUAAAAUAACCAAUUGAAAAAACGCCCUAUUUUUUAGCCUGGGAACAAAACGCAUUAAAAAGACUGGCUAUUAGAUCUAAAAAUAUUCUUCAAAGUACAUUCCAAAAACGCGCAUUUUCUAAAUCCACUUCGAAACUAAAUUGUUUUACUUAAAAUCGUUUACACUUAAAUUAUCCAACCUCAUUUUAUACUUAAUCUAAAGGAAUUCUCCACCCUUAAACUAGCUAUUAAUUUUUGAGCAAAAACCUGAGCACCGUCUUUAAGAAAUCUGGGCACCGGGACGUAUUUGUACAUUAAAUAACCGCUGAAAGUCAAUAAGGAAAUUUUACAAGUUUGUUUAAUGACUACAGAUGUUAAAGAUGGCGGUGGAAUUUCUACGAGAGCCUUAAUGUAUUUAUUCUGAUCUUCCGGCCACAGCUUGAUGAUACCCGGUACAUGGCCGAUACCAACUACUCCUACGAUACGAAUUGGCUCAGUUUGACCUACAAAAAAAAAGAUUAUCAAUUCAAAUAUAUUGAUCACCAGUAACUGAGAAGAUUUCCACAACAGUUUUGCCAAUAUUUUUAUUCACUAACUAUUUCGAUUAAUA